ACCCCAGGUGAAGGUUGAGGGGUGGAAAGCGCCUGGUAGUCGGUGAUGUAGGUUUCUACCAGCGCAUGUGCAGGGCCACCUGGUCGUCAUGGAGGCAAUCUUGGCGGAGGAGCUUGAUGAGGAGGAGCAGCUGGUGAGAAGGCAUCGCAAAGAGAAGAAAGAGUUGCAAGCCAAAAUUCAGGGUAUGAAGAAUGCUGUUCCCAAGAAUGACAAAAAGAGGAGGAAGCAACUCACUGAAGAUGUUGCUAAGUUGGAAGCAGAAAUGGAACAGAAACAUAAAGAAGAACUGGAGCAAGUGAAGCUGAAUUCUAAGGAAAGUAAAAUAGAUUCUGUUGCUGUUAACAUUUCAAACUUGGUUCUUGAGAAUCAGCCACCUCGGAUAUCAAAAGCACAAAAGAGACGGGACAAAAAAGCUGCAUUGGAAAAGGAGCGGGAAGAAAGGAUAGCUGAAGCUGAAAUUGAGAACUUAACUGGAGCUAGACACCUAGAAAGUGAAAAACUGGCUCAAAUACUGGCAGCUAGACAGUUGGAAAUUAAACAGAUUCCAUCUGAUGGCCAUUGUAUGUAUAGAGCCAUUGAAGAUCAGCUGGAAGAACGGAAAUGCCCCUUGACUGUGGCUGCCUUGAGAAGUCAAACUGCUGAGUAUAUACAAGGCCAUGUGGAAGACUUUCUGCCGUUUUUAACAAAUCCUAAUACAGGAGAUAUGUAUACUCCAGAAGAGUUUACAAAGUACUGUGAUGAUAUUGUCAACACAGCUGCAUGGGGAGGUCAGCUUGAGCUAAGAGCUUUGUCUCACAUUUUGCAAAUGCCAAUAGAGAUAAUACAGGCAGAUUCUCCUCCUAUUGUAGUUGGUGAAGAAUAUCCAAAAAACCCAUUAAUACUUGUAUAUAUGAGACAUGCAUACGGCUUAGGAGAACAUUACAAUUCUGUUACCCAGUUGGUGAACACAGCUACUGAAAAUUGCAGCUAGUUUACAAAAUGUUGCAUAAUUAUGUUUUAGUACAGUGUGCCGAUCUGACUAUUCUUACAAGUGCUGGAUUGUUCUAACCUUACUGAAAAACACAACUACCUUAAAUCAGUUUUAUGGCAAAGCUACUAACACAGAUUUUUAAAAAAUGUGUCAGAGAUAAACUUUAACCAGUGUUUCCUUAUUGGUAUUUUAGAGUCCGUUGUGGAGAACGUCAUUUACAGACCAAGAUAGUAUCCUAUUUGCUUAGAUUUUUAUUAAUAUAAGGUCCUGAACAUUCUGUUCUGCACUGAAAAUAAAAAAUUUUUCUCCUUAUUACUAAAAGCUUUCAGUAACCAUUUUAAUGUAACUCUUCUUGAAGAAAUGAAACGAUUCGGUCUUUUUUUCUUGAAAAUAUGUGGUAAUGGUGAUAGCAAAUUUAAUUAAUGCUUAUAAAUGAAUCUGAUUUCAGUAACCUUGGUACUGAUGGGAUUAGUACUAUGAAGUUUUUUAUAUAAGCCUGUCAAAGUGUAGCUAAAAAGCUUGCUUUAAUAACUAAAAAUUUUAAAAUACUAAUUCACAUGGGAAUCAGUUAAGUUUAAGAAAUGAGACAAAUUCAUUGGUAAAUAGGUGUUCCCUAUCAGAUCAGACCUCUAAAGAAUUACAGAUUAGCCUUUUAUUUGUGUGCAAAUAAAGACCUGUCAGAUUACUGUCUCUCUAAUUUACUUGUUACUCCUUGCUGUUUCUUAAACUUCCAAAUGGAAUUACGACCACCAGUUGUUUUUUUUUUUUACAAAAGUUUUUUAGUGUCUUUAUUUUUUUAUUUUAUUUUUAUUUUUUAUUUUUGAAGUAAUCUCUCUGCCCAGCAUGGGGCUUGAACUCAUGAUCCUGAGAUAAAGAGUCCUUUUUGGUUUGAUCUAGUUUUUCCAAAUUAGGAAUGAGUAUUAAGAUUUAGCAUCAAGUUCAUAGUAUUUGAAUUUUUCCUCCAUGAAUGCACUAAUUUUUUUAAGUAAAUAUUGCGUUUUAUAAUACUAAAAACGAGUGUCAGCCUCACAUGCCCAGCUGGUGACAAUGUGGGAAGCUGGUAGGGACUGUGGUUAGAUAGAACAAGUAAGUACUACAUGAAGGUAUUCCAGUUCAAAAGGUGAAAAACCAUUCUGUUUGCCAAACAAAAUAUGUUCUGAAGGCUGACUGUUUUGGAAUCCUUGAUCUGAAAUUUUGGGGGCCUGAAAUUUAUAAAAGUUAAAUUAUAAAAUUGCUAAAUGUCUUGCCUUUAUUAUGAAGUAAUCUGUUACUUUAAAAUCAAAAGAUAAGCAUUGAGAAGUAAUAAAACAAAUAUCAUGAAACCUAGUUAUUACAAAUGCCAUCUAUAUUUAAAAUAACUUAUUGGUAGGUAUUUUUUUCUAAUAAGAUGAAUGGAAUUUUCUUGAUUAUAGUUUUAUUUUUAUUAUUUUUUAUUUUUAAAUGUCCAAUAUGGUUAUGAGUAAGAUUUGUGUGGUCAGCUUCUGUUUUUUCAUAAAACUUCAGAUAAUCAUUUUAGCUGUAACCAAAUAUUGAAGUCUUUAAAAAAUGGCAGAUGUUAAUUUAAAAACAGCAUAUACUAACUUAGUUUGCUGUGUGAUUAUGGUCUAAUGGAAGUUUCAUAAGCUUUCUUUUCUCCUAACUCAGAAAAGUAUAUGUCAGAGUUUUGGAAUAUGUCCUUAGCCAAGAAUUUUAUCCACUUAACAUAUGUUUACAAACUUAUAUAAAGCAAAAAAGAAUGUAUAACUAUAGUGAGCAAUAUAGUUUUGCUCCUAUUAUCUGAUGUUUGCCAAAAGAAGAAUAAAAGAUGUAUGAAUUAAAUCAA